AAUGACAAUAACAACACUAGUCACCAACUUAUUAUAACUCUUCAUCCAUUCUCUCUCUCUAAAAGUCACCAAGUCCACCCAUAGGAUUUAACUUUGAACGUGACUAAAGAACAGAGAGAGUGAAAGAGAGAGAGAGAGAGAGCUUGAGGAAGGGGGUUAAGCAAAUCUGCAGAAACACUCUCAGAUAGAGAUUUAGUUCCCGCAGAUUCUACCGGCAACGACAGUGACGGCGGCGAGAAGCGGCGGUGUUGGCCGCGAAAACAAUGCAAAACCAGCUAUGGUCUGUACCGCUAACGAUUUAUCAAAAUGGGAAAAUUUUCCAAAGGGACUUAGAGUUCUUCUCCUCGACGGCGGCAGAGACGGCAUAUCGGCAGCCGAGACCCGAUCGAAGCUCGACUCCAUGGACUAUAUUGUCACUACAUUCUAUGAUGAAUCUGAAGCACUCUCUGCCGUUGUCAAAAGCCCGGAGAGCUUCCACAUUGCAAUCGUCGAGGUGAAUACGAGUGCAGAGGAUGAGAGUUUCAAGUACCUUGAAGCUGCCAAAGGCCUUCUUCCUACUAUAAUGAUUUCGGACGACCAUUGCAUCGCAACUACAAUGAAAUGCAUAGCGCUUGGUGCAGUUGAGUUCCUUCAAAAACCACUCUCACCGGAGAAACUAAAGAAUAUUUGGCAGCAUGUCGUUCAUAAGGCAUUUAAUGAUGGAGGAGCUAGUGUUUCGGAAUCACUUAAGCCCGUUAAAGAUUCUGUUGUCUCGAUGCUUAAUGUCGAUACCAAUAUGACAAUCGAUGAUAAAGAUCCAGCACCAUCAACCCCUCAGUUAAGGCAAGUUUCACGGUUACUAGACCAAGAGAACAGAAAUUGCUCGGUGGAAAAUGUAAACUCCCCUACCGAGAAAGAGAACACGGAGGGUCAUGACAUCGGUGAAUCCAAAUCAGUCGACACUACAAAUCAUGAAGACAAUGUUAUUGUCAAAGAAGAGAAAGGAGAUGGCGAAAAGGAAGAAGAACAAGGCCAAACCGAAGAACAGAAACAAGAAGAAGGUGAAACCGGAGAUUCAGUUAAUUUUCAUAAGAAAGAAGAUGAGACUAAUAAACCUAUUAAUAAAUCAUCCGGGAACAAGAACUUGUCUAGUAACAAAGCUAGUCGAAAGAAGGUGGAUUGGACACAAGAGCUGCACAAGAAGUUCGUGCAAGCGGUAGAGCAGCUUGGAGUCGAUCAAGCGAUACCUUCAAGGAUUCUUGAAUUGAUGAAAGUAGAUGGCUUAACUCGACAUAAUGUAGCUAGUCACCUUCAGAAAUUUCGGAUGCAUAGGAGAACUAUUCUUCCAAAGGAUGAUCAUAACCAUAGAUGGAUACAAUCUAGAGAGAACCAUAGACAAAUACAACGGCAAUAUAACGGUUUCCAGCAACAGCACCGUCCCGUAAUGGCUUACCCCGUUUGGGGUCUUCCCGGUGUUCAUCCGCCUGGAGCAGUUCCGCCUUUGUGGCCGCCGGCAUUGCCGUCUGCCGGUCAACUACCUCCAUGGCAUUUUAAACCACCUUAUCCAACGUUGAAUGGUAAUACAUGGGGUUAUCCGGUUGGACCACCGGUAACCGGAACAUUCUUUUCUCCUCCGAUAACCGGAACAUUCAGUACUCCUCCGGCGAAUCAGCUGGACGAGGAAAUGAUUGAUCAAGUGGUUAAAGAAGUGAUUAGCAAACCGGGGAUGCCGCUACCGCUCGGACUAAAACCGCCAUCAGCCGAGAGCGUUUUAACUGAGCUAUUGCGUCAAGACAUCUCGGCCGUUCCUUCUUCCUCUUCCUCUUGUCAAAUCAACGGCUCUCGUCGUCUCCGCUGAUGUGUCCACAAAGCGGGACCUAUGAAAACCAGGUGUGAUGAUGUAAUGCGUAGCAUCCUUCUCCGUAUCUGACGGUCCGAAGCAGGAACUGAUGAUUUUGGAUAUAGAGAGAGAUAGUUGAACAGUUUUUUAUUUUGUCAUCAAAUAUUUGGCUUUUUUUUUGUGUGUCACUGGUUUGGCUUUAUUAUAAUUAUUAUCGAAAAGAAUCAGACGGAUGUGGGCCACGACGAUAGUUCGAGGACCACAAAAAGAAAUCCGCGGCUGUAAAUAGAUCUCGGACACGAGAUUUUGAGGAGUCGGAAUCCGACAUGUGUUUCUCUUUUGUGGCUUGUAGAAGCGGGUCCCAUCAAAGAGUUUAAUAGUUGACCCUUUUUUGGUGAUGCGAUAAAAAAGUA